AGGCAUAGUGAAGGAAAAAGACAAAGAGUGAGCACGCGCAAGAGAGAGAGAGAAUUAGGGGGAGGAGAGGACAGUACCAUUGCUGCAUCAGUGCCACAGCAGAGUGGAGCAGUAAACAACUCGUGUCCUCCCUAUUCUUCUACUCUAAACACGCAAUGGCUCAGCCUCACAAGAGGUUUGGAAUCAGAGACUGGAGCUCCUAGAGACGUAUCCGUCACAACUGGAUGCUCUACUAUCCUCCUAUCCUCUUACUCUCUUGUCUGUGGAUGCUGUGGGAUUUUGGAUAUUGAAUACGUUUUUCUUUGCAUCUCUCCUACUAGGCUCGGCUGCUGCUGCAGCUACUUUUAGAGGUUUGUGACACUGUUUUGAUUGGAAUGUGUUUCUGGCUGCUGGCGACAGUUUUUGUCCGUGAAAUCUCUCUCUAUACUGGUUGUAUUUUCACAGAGGAGUUAUAGAUCUAGACUUUUUGAUGGCCUCCGGGACUCCUUGAACUCCACCUGCUGGUAUUGUACAGGGCAUGUACAGAAGUUGCCGUCCAGAGAUUGUGUUUGUGUGCAAGCUCAGCUUUUCUCACCUCUGCAGCUUAUUGGGAAGGAGAGAAGAAUAGAGGUGGAACCGACACAAGUAGUGAGACAGACUCUACUGCAGCCCCUGUGUACUGUACACACCAGAGCCUGCAUGUGCUAGGUUAGCCCACCAGAAGGCUGGCGAGUACCAACACAAGACUCAAGCACGUACACACACACAGAGACACACACACUCAUAAACAGCAACAUCCUCUGCUGUAAGAGGAUGACGUUUGCUGUAAUACUGCAUUGCACUCUGGGGCCAGAAAAGUGAAAGAAGAGACGACUGGAAGAGGAUCAGAAGAGAAGAGGAGGGGAAGAAAACUACAAUCUGGUAGCAGCUCACUUCCAUGGGGAAACGGAAGUAGAAGAGCACGGAUUGAUGAACUGACCGAAAGAGAUAACGAGCACAGCUAAACUGACAGUCUGUCUAAAGAGAGAUAACUGACGGACUGUUUAAAGACCGAAAGAGAUAACGACCAAUGUGAUAGAGCACAGCUAAACUGACAGUCUGUCUAAAGAGAGAUAACUGACGGACUGUUUAAAGAGAGAGAUAAAGACCGUAGUGAGAUGAGAGCAGAACUGAACAUGAACUCUUCCUCGUCCGAUGUGAACCAAAGCAGCUCUCCUUUCUGCCUGCUGGGCCUGGGCUACUCCCAUACCCUCAACACUUGCGUGCUGGAGGCGGCCGUCAUUCUCUUUCUCACCAUCCUCAUCAUCAGCGGCAACCUGAUGGUGAUCUUCGUGUUCCACUGUGCUCCGCUGCUCCACCACCACACUACCAGCCACUUCAUCCAGACCAUGGCCUAUGCAGACCUCCUGGUGGGGGUGAGCUGCCUGGUGCCCUCCCUGUCCCUGCUCCACUACCUCAAGGGGUUGGACGAGGAGCUCACCUGUCAGGUGUUCGGCUACCUGGUGUCUGUGCUGAAGAGCGUGUCCAUGGUGUCUCUUGCUUGUAUUAGUAUUGACCGCUACAUCGCCGUCACACAGCCGUUCUCCUACGCCACACUCGUCACACCAUGCCGCCUGCGCGUCUGCAUUUGCCUCAUCUGGCUCUACUCCGCCCUCAUUUUCCUGCCCUCCUUCUUUGGCUGGGGGAAGCCCGGCUACCAUGGGGACAUAUUUCGCUGGUGUGCGACCUCGUGGCAGACCGAUCCGGGCUUUAGCUCGUUCAUCGCGGCUGUGCUGUAUGCUCCAGCCACCCUCACUGUGUGUUUCACCUAUGGGAGUAUUUUCCGUAUCUGCCGUCAGCACACCAGGGAGAUCACCCAGCGCCACGCACGCUUCGGCCCCCAGGGGAACGAGAGGGGCGAGCGUGGCGAAGGGUGCCCGGAUAAACGCUAUGCCAUGGUGCUGUUCCGAAUCACCAGUGUGUUCUACGUGCUCUGGAUGCCCUACAUCCUUUACUUCCUGCUGGAGAGCGCCGGACUCUACCGCCACCUGGUGGCCUCAUUCCUCACCACAUGGCUAGCCAUCAGCAACAGCUUCUGCAACUGCCUCAUCUAUAGUCUCUCCAACAGCGUGUUCCGGAAGGGCCUGGGCCGCCUGUUCAGGCAACUCUGCUCCCCCUGUCAGGGACUGGGAUGCUGCAUGGAGGGGAAGAAGGGUCCCGCUCUACCCAGGCCGCGCCCAGCCCCAGCCUGCCAUGUGUAACAAUCUCCUACAGACACUGUCUAGUUGGUUAGCUACCCACUGGGCACAGAUGUCAGUUCAACAUCUAUUCCAUAUUGGUUCAAAGUCAUUUCAUUUAAAUGACGUGGAAACAAUGUUGAUUCAACCUGUUGUGCCCAGUGGGUACAGUAAGCUUUGGCCUUGGCUUCAGCCCCUGGUGAGUGCAGUGUAUUACUACUACAUUGCAUGUGACAGGUUGUAUUUCUACAGUAGUAGUACAUAGAGCUCCCUAUGGCCAGGUCAGAGGGGUGGUUUGCAGGCAGGAGCUGGAGGGGUCUUCUUCUGGAGUGUUCUCCCAAGCGGGGCUGCCGAUUUCUGGCUGGGUGGAUCACCACCACGUGUGGAGGAGAAGGUUUGUGGUUGUAUAUAUGGAUAUCAGAAUGGAGCUGAGGAGAAAAAAAAGGCACACAGUUCUCUGUGGGUUUUUGAAGAGGAUCAACUCCAAUCUUACAGCUUUGGUGCCGAGUUUAGGUGUGCCUGUGAACCUAAUAUCUUCCCAAUGCAAAAAGAGGACAAUAUCAGCACAACACGACUUGUACUGCGUAAACCACUGUAGUGCAAAAAAGUUAUUUCAACAUCGAUUCAAGACUGUUGAUGCAAAAAAGUAUUUUAGAAACAUAAAAGCACUUCAAAUAUACUGUUUUUCUUCUCUUAUAUUGCGACAAAUAGUUUACAUUUUGUAGCAGUCAGAUAAUGUGAUGAUGAUAUUGUGCGCUACAGUAGGCUGUAGCAUACAGAGAGGACGAGUGGUGUGAAAAGGACUGGGAACAGUUGGUUUCCUAGAAAAAAAUACUUGAGGUUUAUUCCGUAGCUUGUUUGUGUUUUAUGCAAGGGAUUCUUCUCUUUUGAAGUUGGGUGUUAGAAGUGAGAGCCAAGAAUGUUUAUGAAGUGUUGAGUUUCAUACAGGAAUGUUGAUGUAUGCAUUAGCCGAUUUUUGCAAGAUGGCAUUCUGGUUUAUCAUGGACCACCAAUUCAUUCUGAAUUCUCAGCAAGGAGACAAGUUGAUUUAUUUGAGUAUUUUAUUCUCUGUCCAUGUUUCCUGAGGUCGAACAUCAGUUGUUAGUUUACCCUCAACUAGGUUUAUGUGCAAAUAUAUGCAAAUAUAUGUAGGAUAGGAGACAAAGACCUUGGACAGUGUACACUUCACUGAAACAUCAAUACAAUAAAGGUUUCAGAGGUGAUUGUGCUGUAUGUGCAGGAGUCUUCUUAUAUGACGAGCCUAUACGUACACAGUCACAGACAAUCAGUCCCCCACACACACAGUAGAGCAAGUAAGGAGAAUACGAGAUGGGUCUGCACUGCAGCACUCUGCAUUCUUAUUCCCAAGGACAGCAUGAUGGCCUCUGUACUAUAGUGUGUACACAGGUCUUGUAUACAACAUUUGUAUGUUUUUUUGUUGUUUGAAAGAUCUGUUCAAGAAUAUUGGUUAACUGGUGACUGUUGAUAUCCCAGGAUAAUAUAGAAUAAUCUUUUUUUUUUUUUUACAGUAUUAUUUUUCAGAAAUUGUCUAUGCAUGAUGGUAUUUCAGCCAGUGAGAGGUGGGUGAGAUGAUCAAUACUCAUUUUUAGGAGGAUGCCACUGAAAGCAGUUAUUUUUUCGGCUAUAGCCUACACAAUUUCCUUAACAUUAUAACCAUUGAAGAUGGUGUGUAAAUAGCAUAUUAUAUUUCCUUUAGGUCAUAUUCUAGUUUUCAGAAAUUCCACCUUUCUGGGAAAGACCUUAGUAGUUCAAGAGAACAGAUAUAUUUUUGUAUGCGUCUCUAUGUCAGAAACUUUUUAAAGAGUGUGAAUUUAUUCAGAUGUAGGAAUAUUUUGAGAGGUUUUUCUUCACACUGUUUUUCCUCCGAGGGGCUGCUUGUAAAGGGCUUGUUUCCCUCACCAGUCUCCACAUGCUGCUGUCUGUCUGUGCAAUAGACGUUUCUGUCCCCUCCCAACUCUUCUCAAGACAAUGAAAACAUACCAGCAGUGCUAUUACAAAAGGGCUUUCGUCGUUAUCUGACACAAGCCCGUUGGUCAACUGAAUUAUGUACAUGUGGUAUUUGAUAUCUACCGGUAUCUGAUUGAAGAGUAGUUGUCCUUUAUUUGGCCCACAUGACUCUUCUAGAAUGUGAGAGGGAAGUGUGUGUUCUGUUGCGCUCACAUGACUAUAAACGAGAGUCUUGGUUUUAUUUGGAGAUAACAUGAAAGCCCUUCAAUGGGAGAGUGCAGUACUCAAUGUACUUUAUCUUUGAUGUAGAUAGUUUGAUGUAGCACGGGGGGGGGAGGGGUCUGGUCACAGUGUAUGCUGCCAUGAGAGAAGUAUCAUGUUUUGUAAUUGUCCUAAGACGUUACCAGCAUGUUGCAAGUCUCUUUGAAUUGCUGAAGAUACUGUAUGUAUGAAAUCGCAAAGGUUAAUGUUGAGGAUGACCUUGUAUAUUGAUUUCCAAAUGACUCCUCCUAAAUUGUGCAUUAUGGUAUACUGUAUGUCCUCCUCUCAAAUUGUGUUGAGCACAUUCCUUAACGCACCACAAUCAGUACAUGAUAUAGUUCAAGAUCUCACUCACGUGGGCUCCUUUAGGCUUUGAUGUUGUAAAACAAAACAUGUUGUGUCAAAGAGCAUGUUUUUUCCUGUGGGAAAAUGGUUGCUGUUGUCAGAAUCAGACCAGAAUCAAAAGCUACAGCGGUGAUCUCAGGGGACGUGGUGUUUCACAGAGACCAGACCCGCAGUGCCAAAUCUGGACCAGUAUUUGGGAGGAGGGGUCGGGUGGGGGUUGAGGAUUGGGGGGGGUUGUAAUGUAUUUAGAUUGGAACAGCGAGACUCUCCCUUGGCGUCGCUCCCCCCUCAGUCCAACAUUGACCAACACCACCAUCUCAACUGUCUUUCGCAUUCUGACAAGUGAUUUAUGAUGAAUCAUUCUGAGGAGUACCGAUGCAAGAUAACUUCAUGAAACAUACAAUGUUUCCUGGGGUUGUGUUUUUAAUGAACAUGUAACUGAACCACUAGUUCAUUAUACAUUCAUUGAAAAGAGACUUUCGCUUAGCUGCCACCAUUAGAACCACCACAACUGAUGUUAAAUUGUACAUUUUAACUAAAAUAUAAGGUGGGGAAAAUACUGGUUUCCGAAUGUGAAAAGCAAUCUCAGCUCUUCAACAAAUAUUCUGUACCUCACGUGAUGAUAAGUACUGUAUGUAUUUGCUGACAAUUGCUGGUGACCACUCUGAUUCUGAUUGUAUCCUGCAACCAAUGAUUAAAUCUGAA